AUGAUGGAAGGGGAUACACAAGUCAUACCAUUAGAAGAUAAAGUCAAUAUAUCAUCAUUAAAGAUUAAUAGUCAAGAAGAUGAUGUUGAUGAUACUCAAGAUGAUUAUAAUUCAAGUUUAGUAUUUAGAAAUGAUCACACAAUAUCACAACAACAACCACAAGCACGGCAACAACAGUAUGAACAUCCACAAGAAGAUACGCAGGUAGACACUCUGAAUCUUAUGACUGCAUCACCAUUCAAUUCUAGCAUUAUCAUCAGUAAUAAUACAAAUCUUAUAAUAGACACUCAAAAAGAUGAAGAUACGUCAGAUAUCAUAAUCAACAACAACAACAAUGGUGAAGCUCAGGAUAUAUUACCGAGACUACUUAAUGGAGAUACACAGGUUAUUAGAAAUGUCACACCGAGUAGGAGUAUGGCGGAAACACAAGUUAUUAGAAAUAUACAACCAAGUAUGGGAGAUACUCAAGUCAUUAUUCCGAGAGUAAAACCUAUUGGCGAUACACAGAUUAUUGGGGAUACUCAGGUGAUACGGAAUGGCGAUAAUACACAAGUCAUACCGAUUGUUAUUGGACUGAGUUCAGAGGACAAGAAUUAUUCAUUGUCUUUCUCCAAUGCGCAACGGCAGGAGGAUACACGGUUUAUAGACCAUUCCAAGAAUGGCAUUGACAGAUCAGGAUCCAACUCGUAUGAAUAUCCCAAUAUCGGGGAAGAAACUACAAUUGCAGACGUGACCAACCAAGAGGACGACCAUCAUACUCAGAUCCUUGAAGACCAAAACAAUACAAUGUCAACCCCGAUACCAAAAUCACUAAUCCCAAUAGGCUUGUCUUCUUCACAACCCCAUAAUCAUGAUUCCGAUCCGGUGUUUUCUCAAACCACCCCAAUUGCAACUCAGGCACUUGAGGGCAGACCUGAACGAGGGAAAUCAUAUCGACAGGUUCUCAAUACCCAGGAUCAAUUGGAAAGUCAUGAACAAGAACAGCAAGAGGUAUCUUCUUUAUCAUUUGGAUCGACUCAACAACAACAAGACCAGCAGAUCGAAGUAGAAAACGGAGCGGCUGGAUCUGGGGAUGGAGAUAAUUCUAUAAUUGAACAAGAACAGCCGGUUAUACAAGAUAGUCUAGAUGUUAUACUACAGCAACAACAACAACAUCAUAAAAAAAGAAAAUCAUCAGAGAUUGGAAAUAAUGGUGUUGGUGAUAGAUCAAAACGAAUCAAGGCUGGGAUUGCCCGUUCUUCAACCACGAUUGAGAGUAUUUCAAGUGGAAGUAGUAGUACCACCACGAGAAUUAUGAAAGGUGCUAGGAGUCAAUCUUCUGUUGUGCCGCCACCGCCCGUGAUAUUAGCAUCCCCCUUCAUCGAGGAUGACGAUGAUGAGGAUAUGGAAGAGCACGAGGGUGUGAGGAAUGUGGUUGAAGUGGAGCAAUCUAGUCCAUUGAAGAAUUUGUCGGGUCGUCAUAAGAAUGGAAACAUAGAUUCAGAUAUAAUUAUGAAUCAUGAUAUGAGUAUACGACAACCACCAUCAUCACCAACAACGGCAUAUGUAGACAGGAUGUUGAAUAAUAGUAGUAUUUACAAUGACGAAAUCCUCGAAGAUGAAGAUGAAGAACAACCAACCCCAUCUCCUCCUCCAAAAAAUGAACCCGUCACAAUACAAGAUGACAUAAACUACGACAACGACGACGAUGACGACGAUGAAGAUUCAAUCGUGCUUACAAAACCAACCCCACUCCGAAAAAAACACGUCAUCGACUCCCAAUCCACCACAAACACCACCACCACCACCAUCACCACUCAGCCUGACCCCACCCAAUCCAUUCAUCCAACCCCACCCCAACCAAUCACGGCUGAGGAAGGAACUCUGAUUGAUCAAUCCCAGAUCAUGAACCCCCAGAGCGUCUGGGUGGUCGAAAAUCUAAAACUCCACCCUGGACACCUUGUCGAUCCACUCCCACAACAACAAGGGGGGCAGGUUAGGGUUGAGUUUGGGGAAGGGGUUUAUGUGUGUCCGGUUGUGGAUUUGGAGGUGUUGGAUAUCCGAAUUGGAGAUAUUGUUGGGAGAAGACAUUAUGGGGGGAUGUAUAUCGUUGUUGGAUUGAGUUGUAGUGGAGGGAAUGGAAAUGGAGAUGAGGGUGCUAGGGGGAGGAGGAUUAGGUGUGUGAGGGGGUUUGAUACUGUUCAUAUUGUGAAGAAGAAUAAGAAGAAAAAGAAUACCAGAAAGGGGAAGGGAAAGAAGAAGGUGGAUGAAGAUGUAGUGGUGGAAGUGAAUGGUGGUGAGGAGGAGGAGAUAAGAGUUGGGUUGAGCGAUAUAUAUAUGGAACUUAGUGAUUGGAUAAUGCAUCAACUGAGAUUUCAACUCAUGAUAAAUGGUCAGAAUAUCUUUCUUGAAAAACGUGGAAUAUCAUCCAUAAACACCAUUCUUUCAUUCGUCUCCCAGCCACCACCCCAACCAGUCCAACAAAUCCUGAUGAUCCUACCAUCCACCCCGAUCAAAUAUCCCAGCACUAAUGUCCUCACCUUUGAAUCAAAAUCCCUCCGUCGAUCACCCAUCAGAAUCACUCCCACCGAGCCAAUCACAACAACCACUUCUACCGCAGUCGACCCAACCGGACUCCCCUUCACCGGACGAAUCUUCGUCAUCACAAGCAUAGACGGCCCUCGUAAGGAUUCAAUCAAACAAAAAAUCGAAUCCCAUGGCGGCACCCUCCUAGAUUGUGAACUCACCGACCUCUUCACAACAACAACAACUUUGGGGUCACCAACACUCGUCGCAAAAAUCCCCUUGAAUAAUAUUUGUUUUUUCGGCAUGUUGUCAAAUUCCCAUUGUCGAUCGGCAAAAUAUCUCCAAUCCCUAGCAUUAGGCUGGCCGAUCUUGUGUGAUAAAUACAUCGACGACGUCACGCUGCAAAAAGUCGGAGUGGAGGAAUGGACGACAUAUCUCCUCCCCGCGGGUUUUUCGAAGAGAUUGGACACGGUGAGGAGUCAUGAUGUGUAUAAGUUCCGGAAGAAUUAUGAGAUGGGGGUGAUGAUGGAUGGACAAUUGGGGUUGAAUUGUGGGUUGUUGGCGGGUGUGGAUGUGGUUGUGUUGAAGGGGAGGAUGAAUUUGGUUUUGGAGGAGAGUUGUAGGUUUAUUUUGGGGGUGUUUGGUGUGAAAUCGAUUAGAUGGUUUGAGAGUGCGGAGGGGUUGAUUAAGGCGGUGGAGGGGGAUGCUUUGGUGUAUGAUGAGAGUGGGAUGGUGGGGAAGCUGUUGGCCAAGAAGAAGAAGGGGAGAAACAAAAAGCAGAACGGUAGUGGUGAGGGUGUGGUUUUGAAGUUGAUUGAUUGGGAAUGGGUUGUUCAAUGUGUUAUAUCAGGAAAGAUUUGGGAACCCAGUGAGACGUUUACAUUAGAUUUAUAA